UUCACUCUGUCUUUACGCCGUUUGCUUAUUUAUAACUUAUUUUGGAAUCCGCGUCUCCUGUCAAUGCGCACUGCACUGCCGUGUGACAGACGACAGUUUACAUUACCUUCCGGUGCUAACUGGUAGUGACUGAACCAUUUGUGCCACAAGAUGUUUCUAGCCAAGAAACUUAUUGGAGGCAUUAUUGAUGUGGUCAGCAAUAUUGACCCUGGCCAGUUUGUGCCUUCAGAUCCUCCCCCACCCCGCAGACCGCUGGCUUAUGCUGAGGCCAAUGAGUCUGAAGAAGAGAAGCAGUUCCGCAGAGUGUUCCAGCAGCUCGCUGGAGAUGACAUGGAAGUAAGCCCCAAUGAACUGAUGAAUAUCCUCAACAAAAUCAUUUCCAAACAUGGUGAUCUGAAGACAGAUGGCUUUACCAUCGAGUCAUGUAGAAGUAUGGUGGCUGUCAUGGAUAGUGACAGCACAGGUAAACUGGGCUUCCAUGAGUUUAAACACCUCUGGAACAACGUCAAGAAAUGGCAGGGAGUUUAUAAGAGUUAUGACAGCGAUCGCUCAGGAACUAUUGGAGCAGAUGAGCUUCCAGCUGCCUUCAGAGCUGCAGGUUUCCCUUUGAAUGAUCAGCUCUUUCAGAUGAUUAUUCGCCGGUAUAGCGAUGAGAGUGGAAACAUGGACUUUGACAAUUACAUUGGUUGCCUUGUGAGACUUGAUGCCAUGUGCCGUGCCUUCAAGACUCUUGACAAAGACAAUGAUGGCACUGUCAAGGUCAAUGUUCAGGAGUGGCUGCAGCUGACAAUGUACUCUUGAGCGAUUUAAAGGCCUGCAGAUAGUUCAGGUCAAAACAAUCAGUUCAGUGCUUAUAUACAAUAAUUACUUUAUGCUUUACACUGCUCUCGCUCUCUUGUUUCUCAUACAGUAUAGCACUAAUUCCAGAGAAACACCAGCAUGGAGCUGGUCAGCCACUGGGGUUAUGUGGGUCACUUCACCUGCCACACUUGCCAUUUUUUUCCCUACAAGUUUUACUUUUACAAUUUUUUAAGUGCCGUUUAGCCAAUUAGUAGCAUUGUUCAACAAAAAACUAACCAAAGAAAGAAAAUUACAAUAAAUGUGUCAUAGAAAAUGAACAAAUAUGCUCUAAUGAAGAGUCUAGGUGCAGUCACAAAUAUGCAAAACUGUAUUAUAUAUUCAUGUCAGUUGGUGCCAUUUGUGCAUGAAGCCAGUGGAGGAAAGGAGUAAAAAAUUGCCACAAAUUCAUCAUGAAAACCUGGUGUCAAAUGCAGUUUUAUAUUAAAUAAAAAGUAUAAAGUGA